AUCGACCGGCAGGUCUGCGCCUCAUUAUCACCACUUCAAAGUGUUGCCCGUGUUGACCGUGUUGUUGCCCACAGGUGCCAGUGGCCCCAUCUCAGCGUCUACAACUCAACGCUGCACUUUCACCAUAUCUCCGGGAGUAGAUAACGAGUUAGAUCAAGGGCAGGGCAGGCCCGAUGCCGAGGAACGUAGAUUUUGGCGCCGCUGGCACGGGGGUGACAAGCUUGGAGAUUGCCAGGAGCCGCCUGCAGUCGGCGGCGGGCGCUGCCAUUCCUGGCGCGGGGACAGGCAUUGCGCUGCAGCGGUGUGUGCUCGAGUGGUUGGUUGAGCUUGGGGUCAAGGAAAGUUUUGCCGGAGGCUACCAGCUACAUGCAGUGAACGCAGCACCGCUAGGAGAAGCAGUAGUUGCAGCAGUGGCAGUCAAUGGCCAGCUUCGAGCGCUGUACAAGACCCCUGGCUACACAAUGGCGCAGCUACUUCAGCAGCUGGUGGAAAAAGGGCUGGCAAAACUUACCUUCAGUGGGACAACAAAGUACGCGGCGGCACUGCCAGGGCCCCUGGUGCAGCAACUGGUGGCAGCCGAGGUGGGAGCAGAUGCAUCACGGCGUGACGUGCAGCACACGGCGGCUGCAUACAGCGGCAUCAACGGCCGCAGCACGGCAUCCGUGGCAGCUCCGGCUGUGCGAGUAGACCACAUGCCCACUGUGCAGAUGGUGACUAGUGAACAGCAGGCGGCGGUGGCCGUGGCGCGCCUGAUGGCUGCCAGAGAAGUUGCAAUGGAUUGUGAAGGGGACCUGGAGCGCGGCGGCAGCAUCGCCCUCAUCCAACUCUUUGCCCUGCCAAGCAGCCACGGCAUUGCUGGCAGCAGCAGCGCCCCCAGUGCUAACGGCAACAACACCGCGGCGGCUGCCUGCUACGUGUUUGACGUGCACGCCAUGGCAGAGGGCGAGCGGCAGGGGGCGAUGCGCAGCCUGGCACGCCUGCUGGAGAGCCCCGACACA